CAUUCCGCUCCCGCCAUCCCCGUUUCGGAACAGGUUGGUGGGGCGAAAUAUGUAAUUUUCUGUUUUAGUGCCUUUAUCGAAUUUAUUCGACGUGAUAUUCGACUCUCGUGGAUGCUUCAAGAUACAUACAGUUGUGGUGUAGGCGUUUGGACUGUAGUAGGACUAAAGCCGCGUGUAUGUUGUUGUGUAGUGUGUGGCUUACUGCAUGAUGGCUGCUACUGCUGCCUGGGAGGGAACUGGCCGCCCUCCCACGGAUGAGCUCCAGACUCCCCCUGGUCGCUCAGCUCAGCCUCCCCAGGGAGCUUCUGCUGGCACCACUCCCACGUUGUUGCAUGAUUCUGCACAAAGCACUGCCAAGGAUUCACCUGCUACCGGCAAAAAGGACGUUCGUUCCACUGUGAGAGUAACCGUGAAUUUACCCGUCUCUACACCCACAGGCACCAAGCUGGCUGUGACCACAAGAUCUGAGUCACCUGCGGGGGGUGAAGGUCUCAAGGUGGAGCCUAAGAAUCUGGACCAAGAGAAAGAGAUUGCCCUCAGUCAGCUGCAGGAGUUGGAGGAGGCCAUUAAAGUGCGCAAGGUGUCCAAGGUAGACGGGCGAAAGAUACGCUGGAUUGAGUACCGUGCACGCAAGAAGCAGGAGGAGCAAGAGAAAGCGGCUGAAGCCAAAAAGAAGGGCCGCAGAUCGAAAGGUGUUGAGAACAGUGAAAAUGACUCGAGCAUUGUAAAUAACAACAACAACAACAAAAGUGAGAGCAACAUGAAAGUCGAGGUAGUGUCUCCGCCACUGAGUGUGGUAGGGAGAAGCAAUGUUUUGGAAAGCAUGAAACAACAAUUCUUACAGGGUACAGAAAAUGUUGGUGAACCCAUUGCUAAUGGUAAAACUGACAAUCAAACUGAAACCGCAGAAACAAAUCAGAAAAGAAAAUCUGGGCGGACUAGGAAAUCUGUUAAUACACAAAAAGGUUCAAGUCCAAAAGGAAACACCCCGAAGAACACAACACCAAAAGGCUCGACGCUAAAGGAGUCGAACGGUAAGGGUGUAAACCGUAGAAGUGCCACACCAAAAGGGGUAGCAUCUAAAGGGGGACAAAAGGGAACGGUAAAUACUCCAGACAGUUCAGCGACAAAUAGUCCAGUUCUUGUUAAUACACCAGCCGCAACUAGUCCACCAGCAACACCGAUCACCCCAGACCAACCACUGUCUGCCAGUCUCAAAAAGCCUUUCUUCCCAGUAAGGUCUCUCACAAAAGGACUGCGGGAAGUUAGGAAAGUGGAGAAUGGCGAAAGUCCAAAGAAAGCAGAUGACCGUACACCUAUUCCUGCUUCAUCCCCCAUCACACCGGUGUCAAUUCCCACUUCAACACCUGUUUUAUCUCAGCCAAAGACAGAACCAGGAACCAAAUGUCCUCUCAUAGCAGUAGCUGCGAGAUUGCUUUCCCCUCCUUCGGCUAGGUCAAAGUCCUUAGACAACGCAAGAAGCAGGAAAGCAAACACAAGAGGUGGAGCCAAGAAGCCUAGUGGCAAAGCUGCAGAGAGGUCAGAGUCUGAACCAAGAAGUAUUAUGAAUGGACAUACCCUUGUGCAGAACGGACCAUCUGAAGAGGAAGAAUCCAUAUCUUUCAACGUAUCCUCAUCAGAUGCUGAAGACAAGUGUGCAGAAGUAAUAGAGGAAAAGACAGAAACAAAUGUAGAACUUCAGUCAUAUCAAAAUACAGAGGUUACAGUUGAUGAAAAAGCAACGGAAGAGAACUUGGAUGUGUCGGUAAAAGAGGAAGAAAUUGAACCCAAGUCUGCAGAUAGCACAGUAGAUGGUGAGUUGCCAGAUCUUGAUAAUUCAUAUGAAUCAGAUACUCCAAACAGAAGAGGUAGAGGACGCCCACCCAAGAGAAAAUAUGGGUCUGUUAAAAGUGUGGAAAGUGGUAGUUCUACAGGAAAGUCUAGUAAAAAAUUAUCAACUGUGGUUGUAGAUGUCCAUAAUAGCAUGAAUGGUGAGCCACAGACUGUAGUUUCUGCAUCCAAGCCUGCUCUACGUGGAAAGAAGACUUCGCCUGCAAAGAAAUUGAAAAAGGGAACAGUUCUUCCAGGGGGCACAGAUAAUGAAGAUACCAAAGAUUCAUCCCCAGCAAGUAAAAUCCAAGCAAGAUUAUCAGAUGACAGUACAGAGGGCAGUAGUCAAGCGAAAGAUCUUGCACCUACUCCUUCUGUCACUGAUGCCAAAAAGUCAAAAUCCAGUGCAGGGAAAAAGCAGACUGUCUCGAUUGUAGGAGAGGAAAAGGAAGAUGAUAACACAAGUGCCUCUAUGAGCAAUCAAACACCACAAUUGCAAGAAAGCAUUCAAAGUACAAAGUUGGUGAAAGGUGUUCAAAAAGUCAUAAAUCAAGAAGUGCCCUCAGAAGCUGAAUCUGCAACUGCUACUGCUUCUAACAAUGACUCAAAAUCAGCAAGUAGUGUGAAGGAAAGUGGGAACAUAGUUGAAGUUCAUACCAAAAGGGAAAAUGAUACGGGAGAUGUAGCUGAUGGACAAAAGGAAAAGGAGGGGCUAGGGGUCUCGGAAUCAGAAAAUUUGACUGAGAAGGAAAGCUGCAAAAACAAGAGUGAAAUUCCAGUUGAGAAAGCUAAGAAAGUUUCAAAGACACAAAUGAAAAAGGGAGGCUCAGUCCCCAAAACUAGUGUUCAGGGAUCAGGUCUUCAAGUUGGGGUAGAAAGAGAAAACACAAAUAAAACUCCAGUGCCUGUUGGGAAGAGUAAAAAGGCAUCAAAAACACAAACAAAGAAGAGUAGUGCAGGGGCAAAGGGAACAGUAACUCCAAAAGCAAGUGGGAAGAGUAGUCCUGCAAAGAAGAAAGUGGCAGGUCCAUCAAAGAAGGCAAAGUCUCCCAAAAACACCCAGACGCCACAUGCAAAGCCUCCUGAGCUAAACGCUGCCAAGAAACAAAAGGCUGUGGAGGAAGUCGAAACACUACAUAUUGAGCCAAAUGAAUCACCAACCGUUGAAAGGAAAGCAGAGGAUGAAGCUGAAAUAAAACGGCAAGAGGUAGCUGAGGAAGAAAGUGCAGUUAAUGUAGAUAUAAAGGAAUGCAAGGAAGCAGUAGAAGAGAACCGUGUGCAAAAUGUGAUAGAAGAGAAACCUGCUGAGUUACAGGUAGUUGAAGAAUCACAAGUAAAUAAAGAGAUAGAACAAGUAAAUAAAGAGAUAGAACAAGUAAAUAAAGAGACAGAACAAGUAAAUAAAGAGACAGAACAGGUACAUAAAGAGACAGAACAGGUACAUAAAGAGACAGAACAGUUACAUAUAGAGACAGAACAAGUACAGAAAGAAACAGUACAAGUAAAUAAAGAGACAGAACAAGAUGUUCAUGUAGUUGAAGAAGAUAAAAACAAGAAGGUCAUAGAAGAUGUUAAAAUUUUAGAGGAUGAACCACCUGCAGAAGCUCAAAAGGAGGAGCAGCUUACCCUACAGGAUGAUGUUGAAAUAAAGAGAGAGAAUUUACUGAAGGAAAAUAACAACUUGCCAGAAAAGCAGCCAGAAUCUGAAGUACAAAUUAUGUCAGAUGUCCAGGAGAAUUUAAGUAUUGUGAAAGUGGCGGAGGACAAAGAAGAGAAUGACGCCAGCAAAGAGGAAAGUAUUCCAGAGAAUCCUGAGUUGGUGGUGGUUAAUCAAGAAGAAAACAUAUCUGUUGAACAAACCCAAGAGUGUAGUAUUAUACCAAAGCAAAACGGAAGUAUUGCAUCUCAAGAUGUAGUAGGAGUAAGUCCUUCAACUACCUCGAUAUCACCAGAAACUAGUGCCUCAAAUGCAAAGUCAAAGGAGAAAGUACCCAGGAUAUUGAAACAGCUUCUUCAGGAUGAAGGAGUCCAAAAUAUGCUUAAGAGUAUGGGCGAAGAAUCAAUUACAGCACCAGAGGGAUCACCGAGUGAGUCCAGCGUGCAUAAGCUUCGUCCAAAAAGGCCAUCAGAACCCAUGCUGUCUUCCUCGCCAGAAUUAGAUGUUUUAGAGGCCUUCUUUUCUCCUACAACAAAGAAAAAGAAGCAGAGAAGUGAGCUGGACACUUUGUAUAUGGAUGAAGGUGUCCUGAACCUAUUAACAAGUCUAGAACCUUAUUCCCGAAGACAGCCUCAUCAAGAUGAUGCUGCCAGUGAUAUUUCCCAAGCCAGUAGCGCCAAGAGUGUAAAAGGAAGCAAGUCCUCUAAAGCUGCCUUAGAUGUGCAGGCUGAUGGGAGGAAGAGAAAACUUAGUGGAGCCAGCACUGUAAGCAAUACCUCAACUAGAUCUAUGCAACCUCCAGAGUCUAAGAAACCACGUUUAGAUAACCAGGAAUCCCCCCUUGGAGACCCUUAUGAACUAGACACAGCAGAAGAAUUCAAGGACCUGUCUGAGAAUCAGGAAACUAGCAAUGUUGAACCAGUUCCUGCUCAGCCAGUAAGAAAGAGGGGAAGACCAACACUGCCACUAUCUGUGAAACAAAAGAACAAAGCAAUAAGAAUGCAACUGAAACUCCAAAAACAGAAGCAGAUGAAGGUGAAUUCUGUUGUCAGCGCUCUACUUAGGGAGGAUGAUAAUAUGAACCUGGCACAGAUUAAGGAUGUGCUAAAGAGGGCCAGAGAAGCCAUCAGCUCCCCAUUAGAAGAAGAAAUGGAGGAGGAAACACCCACCGGCAAGGCAGUUCCACCCAUAAAGAUUAAAUUAGCUUCCGAAAGUGUAACCAUUAGGCAUAUAAAUCGACCAGGACCAGUUCAGGGUCAGCAGACAGCAGCAGCACCAUUGGGAGGUGCUGUGGAUGUACAGGGAAUUAAACCAACACCUAAACCAAUGGCAGUUGAUGCAUCUUGUAGUAGACCCUUAGCUAAAACUGUGACAGAGACUAGGAUAUCGCCAAAGACUUAUACAGAGAAGACGAGGACUUAUCCAGAACGAAGGACACCCCCUCCACAACAAAGAAGAAUAGAGAACAUCACCAGUCCUACAGCAGCAAGUAAGUACUAA